CGGGGGCCGUGGCUGGAACUGGGAAGGUGGCGGGGAGGGACGCGGGGGUAAGAUGGCGACGUCAGGGGCGAACGGGCCGGGUUCCGCCACAGCCUCAGCGUCCAAUCCACGCAAGUUUAGUGAGAAGAUCGCGCUUCAGAAGCAGCGUCAGGCGGAGGAGACGGCGGCCUUCGAAGAGGUGAUGAUGGAUAUCGGCUCCACACGGUUACAGGCCCAAAAACUGCGACUGGCUUAUACAAGGAGCUCCCAUUAUGGUGGUUCUCUGCCCAAUGUUAACCAGAUUGGCUGUGGCCUGGCUGAGUUCCAGAGCCCCCUUCAUUCACCUUUGGAUUCAUCUCGGAGCACUCGGCACCAUGGGUUGGUGGAACGGGUACAACGAGAUCCCCGCAGAAUGGUGUCCCCACUCCGCAGAUACCCCCGCCACAUUGACAGUUCUCCCUAUAGCCCUGCCUACUUAUCUCCUCCCCCAGAGUCUGGCUGGCGAAGGAUGAUGCCCUGGGGCAACCUCCCAGCUGAGAAGGGGCAGUUGUUUAGACUGCCAUCUGCACUUAACAGGACAAGCUCCGACUCUGCUCUUCACACAAGUGUGAUGAACCCUAACCCCCAAGACACUUAUCCAGGUCCCACACCUCCCAGUGUCCUGCCCAGCCGCCGAGGAGGUUUCCUGGAUGGUGAGAUGGAUGCUAAAGUCCCUGCUAUUGAGGAGAACUUGGUAGAUGACAAGCAUUUGCUGAAACCUUGGGAUGCUAAGAAGCUGUCCUCAUCUUCCUCUCGACCUCGAUCCUGUGAAGUCCCUGGAAUCAACAUCUUUCCAUCUCCUGACCAGCCUGCUAAUGUGCCUGUCCUCCCACCUGCCAUGAACACAGGGGGCUCCCUACCUGACCUCACCAACCUACACUUCCCCCCUCCACUGCCCACGCCCCUGGACCCUGAAGAGACAGUCUAUCCCAGCCUGAGUGGGGGCAACAGUACCACCAAUUUGACCCACACUAUGACCCAUUUGGGCAUCAGUGGAGGUCUGGGUUUGGGCCCCAGCUAUGAUGUACCAGGACUUCAUUCACCUCUUAGCCACCCAUCCCUGCAGUCCUCCCUAAGCAAUCCCAACCUCCAGGCUUCCCUAAGCAGUCCUCAACCCCAGCUCCAGGGCUCCCAUAGUCACCCAUCACUGCCUGCCUCCUCCUUGGCCCACCAUGCACUGCCCACCACCUCCCUGGGCCACCCGUCACUUAGUGCCCCAGCCCUUUCCUCCUCCUCUUCCUCUUCCUCCACUUCAUCUCCUGUCCUAAGUGCCCCCCCUUACCCAGCUUCUACUCCUGGGGCCUCUCCCCGCCACCGUCGUGUGCCCCUCAGCCCCCUGAGCUUGCCCGCGGGCCCAGCCGACGCCAGAAGGUCCCAACAGCAGCUGCCCAAACAGUUUUCGCCAACAAUGUCACCCACCUUGUCUUCCAUCACUCAGGGCGUCCCCUUGGAUACCAGUAAACUGCCUACUGACCAGCGAUUGCCCCCAUACCCAUAUAGCCCCCCAAGUCUAGUUAUACCCACCCAUCCACCCACCCCAAAGUCUCUACAGCAGUUGCCCUCUCAGGCCUGCGUAGUGCAGCCCUCAGGUGGACAGCCUCCAGGCAGGCAGCCACAUUAUGGGGCACUGUACCCACCUGGGUCCAGUGGACAUGGGCAACAGCCUUACCACCGCCCAAUAAAUGACUUCAGUUUUGGGAAUCUGGAGCAAUUCAACAUGGAGAACCCAUCAACCAGCCUGGUGCUGGAUCCCCCUGCCUUUUCUGAAGGUCCUGGAUUUUUAGGGAGUGAGGGAUCAAUGAGUGGCCCCCAGGACCCUCAUGUCCUCAACCACCAGAACUUGACCCACUGUUCCCGCCAUGGCUCAGGACCUAAUAUCAUACUCACAGGUUUCUCUAAGGAGAUUGCAGCAGCCCUGGCUGGAGUACCUGGCUUUGAGGUGUCAGCAUCUGGGUUGGAGCUGGGACUGGGGCUGGAAGAUGAUUUGCGCAUGGAGCCACUGGGCCUGGAAGGACUAACCAUGCUGAGUGACCCCUGUGCCCUGCUGCCUGACCCUGCUGUGGAGGAUUCAUUCCGUAGUGAUCGGCUACAGUGAGGGGACCUUACUGCCGUCCGUCCUUCUUCAUGGCCCUGUCCCAUCACUGUCUUUUCAUCCCUUCCCCCUGGCCAGUAGAGGCUACUCUCUGCCCCUAGAUCCUUUUUCUAAUAUGAAUGAAGGAUCCUAAAACUAAGGAAAGGGAAGGGGCUUGGCCAGGUGACCCCAGAAUGUUGUACAUCUGGUGGGCUUGGGGCAGUUCAAGGGAGGGCCUAAAAGCACUUGUAACUUUGAAAAUCGUCUGUCAGGAGGUCAGAGCCUGUUGGAAAGCAAGGUGUAGAGGGGAAUCUUGGAGAGAGGGCUUGUCCAGAAAAGGGUGGGCAUUACCAGCCCCUCCCUAUUUCUCUUCCCCUUGCAAUGGAAGAGAGAGCCAGAGUGGAUAUUAUUUUUUAUUAAAUAUAUUAUAUGUUAAUAAAAAAUCCUAUUAAACCUUUUGUGUGCUUGACUGUUUGGUACAUGGCUGGGGACCUAAGGAGGUUUGAUGCCAUAGGUCCUUUUGUGUUGCAUGUUUUUUGAGGCGGGAUUUC